GCAACGAGCAAAAUGUGAUAUGAUUUGAGUUUGGGAUGCGGCGUACUGUGUGUUUACAGGAAGAGAAAGUGAGUCAUCUGCGGACCCAACGAGAUCUGACUCACGACACUGUACUAGGAUUAGAUCACUUCGCAGGAUCAAGCUGUAGCGAGUCCGUGCGCAACGGAGGCGGAUCCGUCUAUCAGAACGUCUGCACUCCCUUGCUAUACCCGCCCAAGGACACCGUUGGCACUGGGGGUUCUCUUGGAUUGGACUGGGCUUAUUGUGCGAGCCAAUUGUACUCACGCUUCGAGUCACUGUGGGACAACGUUGGGUCCGUGCUGGCAGUGGCUGUUCUCAGCCAUGCCGAGGGGAUCUGUGGUCCCCUAUAACGCUGACCAUGGCAUGUCUCCCGGAAUCUAAGACACCGCAGGUACCCUCCCGACCUGCAGCUUGUCCCACUCACUCACGCGAU